AGUAGUCGUAAAUAUCAUAUCAUUGUGCGCGUGGCAGUUAGGAAAAUAUUUUAAAAAUCGAGUGUAUAAAUUUUCAUAGAAAUGAAAUCUAAUGUUGCAUGGUGAGAACAGCUCAAAAACAGUGGUUUUUUCAAAUUACUAGUUCACGAUUUUGAUCCAAUUCCAAUUCAAUCCGAGCUGAUUCAGAAAAUACCAACAAACCUUUCUCAGACAUCCAGCACGAAAACACCCGCACCAAAAAAUGUGCAACCCUGAAAAUCCACACCCAUCAUCUGCAUGUAGCACAGAACGCCCUAAAUUGACUUUUUUCACAUCACCUCUACCUCUGCAAGAAAUAGCCUCAUCUCAGACAGCCUUUCUUCUGUGGUGUUCCAAGCUCCGAAAUCGUCCCGCAGGUGAAAUACCAGACAAGAAAUGGUUCCAGGCACAGAAUUUUGUCGCCAAUAACAUGGUACAGGUGACAUCAUCGGUCGCGGAGCUUCUAGAUCAAUAUAUUCAAUCAGUCGGUAAUGAUCUGAAAGAAUGGGUCGAGUACCACAGCGAUAGAAUAUUCUUCGAUAGCCAGGCUCAUAGUGUGAUUUGGAAAUGUUUCGAUAGGUUGACAUUCCAAUACGACGGUUCUUUGGAUUUCGUGGCCACUGCUAAGAAACUAGUGAACAGCAAUCGAUUGAAUAGUGUUGAGAAGUACAGAUUAGCUUGCUGUUAUUGUCUGGAGGAGAAGAUAAAACACAUGUGGCCCGCGUUCUUUAUCCAUAAACAGAACAAUGUUUCCAACCAUACCAUUAAACCUUUGAUGAAUUACUGGAACGAAGAGAUGUUGUACAAUUUACGAGGUAAAACUAAAUGCAAACACGCGACAGCAGCCAAACGUAUGAUUUCAUUUGUCUUCAAGUAUCCUCGAAAUUGGGCCGCUGUCGAGUAUUUUUUCAAAAAGUUGAACGCCGAUGAGCAAACCAACCACGUGAUAGAUUUAAUCAAUCACAGUAUCUUGUACGCUAUUCGAUUACUGCCACAAUUACAAGAUGAUCAGAUCCAAACAACGAUGAAGAAAAAAGGAGACCAGAUUUGGUUUCGAUUCUCUAGGGAAUUUAAAUACGUCGAAUACGCCAUUCAAACGUGGUAUUAUAUUAGGCACUCGAUCAGCGAUUAUAUGUUUUUCAGCAUGAUAGAAUUGACCAUCGAGGAGCAACUCAUCAAACCACGAACAAAGACGUGCAAUACUUACGCAGUUCGCUUACUUUAUGAGAUCUGGAUCAGUGCUCCUGAUCCACUGAAAAACUUUGUAAUCUCGAAUCACGCCCAAAGCAUCGUACAAGUUUUCUUCGAGCUUGAUUACCAGGUACUCAAAAUCAUGAACCAAGAUUGCAGAUUCCUCUUGGCUAUUCUACCAGAAACCAGUUUCGAGUUGAGGAAUUCUUUAUGGAAGCAGCAUUCGUACAAGAUGAUUGCCAGUUUGCCACCCAAGUAUUUGCCAAAUUUACUCCAGCUGUGUAUUGAGGGCGAAGAUCCAAUAGAUAAAUUCAAAGAAACAAUUAUAUCGGAUCCGGCAUCAUACAAGAGUAUCAAACAACAUUGCAUUAAUUGGAUCAAAGAAGGAUAUUACGCUUACUUUGAUGAAUUCUCCAAGGUCAUGUCUUGGGAUGAGAAAACGUCGGCGAAACUUAAACAAGACACGUUGAUACAUUGCGAUCAUUUGGCGGAGUACAUUUUUCAACUUCGUAAUAAGGAUAAAUGGCAUAAAUUCCACGAUUUCGUAGAUGCCUCUUUUAAAGACCAAGAUAUGACUGUAAGUUUCAGAAAAUGCCUAAUGUAUUCGUCUCCUUUACUUCACGAUUUGCUUUGCGCCCUGAAUCAAGGUCGGUUACAAGAUGUCACCUACUUUCUCGAUUUAUUUUCAUCCAGUCAAGAUUUAAUCGAACUGAAGCGAGAUAUAAUUGAGAAAUGUCGCUGUAGUUUGAUCGAAGCGAGAUUUUACAACUUUACAGCCACAGAUUGGCAAAAGUUCUUGGAAUGGUGUUCAAAUUCCGAGGACGAUAUCAAAGAAUUUCAAUCAUCGAUACCUAUGGACGAUAUUUUUGAAACAUUUUUACAAAAAUACAUAUCAAAUGUUUUGAAUAACGAUGACACUGAAAAAUCUGACGAAUGCUGUUUUACCAGACUGAAUAAUUUUUUGUUGUGGUAUUUUAAAUCGUCCGACUUGGUCAAAGAGUAUAAAAUGAUAAAGGCACGUAAAUAUGGAAGCAUGAAAUCGAUCCAGGAAGCGUUCAAGACCGGAGAAAAUCCUGCCAUUGAUGAGCUGAUAAAUUGGUUCUUCGAUGGAGAUAAGGAGCUAAUUUACAGGUGGAAUAAUCCCAUGUCCAAGAAUAUACCACCUUUUAUGGCGAACGUGAUGCGGUUGUUGAAAGAGAAGUGGGUUUUCUGCAGCGAUGAAAUGUGAUUUCUGAAGUGAUACGAAAAAUUACAAAGGAUGAUGGACAGAACUCGGAUAUGAAGCUGAAAACAAUACCGAUGAAGAACAGUUUGAAUACCUAGGGAAAUACAUUUUUAUCCAACAUGGUGGUUACAACGUGUAUCGUACGGAUUUCCUGCACAGAUGAUUCUGAAAGGGAUAGAGAAUUUAUCAGCUGAUCAUAUGUACUUACAUCUAAUUUUAUGGAUCGCCACGACAGUGGUAACAACUACUGGCAGAAUUUCUUUGAAAAUUACAUGGUGGAAAAUACUCACAUAUGUAAUUUAUUCAUGCAUAUCUAUCUAAAUUUUUUACUUUGAAAUCUAAAUUGUCAUUUUCACGAAAAAGUAUUUUAAGUGAUCGUUAUUUUUAAAUAAUUCAGUUCGUAAUUUUAAAUUUUUCAUCAUGGUACACUAUCUACUCGUAUUUAUAUUUGUAUUCAUUUUCUUAA